AUGGCCUCUCUCUAUGGCAGCGAGCUCAAGUGUGUCAGCGUGGAGUGGGAUUUCCUGCAGGGCCUGUUGGUCAAGAACCAGCCGGUGCCCUGCCUGCAGGCUCUACGGAAGGAAAAGUCGCGCAACGCCGCUCGUUCCCGCCGAGGGAAGGAAAACUUCGAGUUUUACGAGCUGGCUAAGCUCCUGCCGCUGCCCGGUGCCAUCACCAGCCAGCUGGACAAGGCCUCCAUCGUCCGGCUCACCAUCACCUACCUGAAGAUGCGCACCUUCGCCCUCCAGGGCGACCCUCCCUGGACCCUGCGGGCAGAGGGCCCGGCCCCAGGGGGCAACGCUUCCGGUGGGAGAAAUAUGAACGGGCUGCUGACGGAGCUCUUUGAAAAGCACUUAGGGGGCCACAUCCUGCAGCCUGGGGAGGGGGCGGCUGAAGGGGCUGUUUGCUGCCUCCGAGGGGUGGUCCGACCUUGGCGACUCAAGCCAGAUCACAUUGACGAGGUCAACGACCAGCCAAAUUUAAAAGAAGAAAAACAAGCCAAGCCAGAAGGCAAGAACAUCGCUCUGGAUAUUUUCCAGGUUCCUGGCAUCCCCGCCAGACAGACGGAAGCGCCCAACGCAGGGACGGAUUUCAAAGAGAGUGACCGGGGGAAGCCGUGCCCAGCGAGCAAACCCCCAGGGACCCUGGCCCAGUCCUACCCCAGGAGCGUGGCCGAAAUGGGGCGGCACUGCCACCUGGUGGAGAGCAAGCCCAGUGGCCCUGAAGCCAAAUACCCAGAGGAGGAGGCCUCAGAGGAGGGGGCCGGCAGCGACGCAGAGACCCCUCCCAGGAAGAGGAUCAAACUGGAGUUCCCGCCGGAGAGCCCCCAACCCAAGGGGAAGGAGGAGACCUCGCUGGGCAGCUCCGAGGACUCCGACAGCAGCAGCAGCGCUUCAGAGCCGGAGAUGGUCCCUCAGCCGACGGGGCUCCUGCCCAGGAAGGUGAACGGUUGCAAGACUGGUGGGCAGAGGACCAUCGUCCCCAGCAGUCCCUGCACGUCGGAGUUCACCUCUGUCAUCCAGAUCCAAAAGGGCGCCUCCCUCAGAGCCGGCCCGGCCCUCAGCAUCAAAUCGGAGCAGGGGCUCCAGGCCAAAGCCGGGCUCUGGACCUGUCCCAGGGCGAAGGCCAGCCCUUUCCCCGUGAACAAAGCCCUUCGGCUGGAGAAGCCCCUGGUGAGACCGGCGUCCGCGCAUUUAUACGUCUCCAUCCCUGACUCAGUGCUCACCCCGCCCGAGGUGGACAACGGUCCGGCCAAGGGGGGGCCCUUCAGCGCCUCUCCCCGGGCGCCUCCCUCCUCCUCGGGGGACACGCUCUCGCCUCCGCUCUCGGGCUCCCCCUGCGAGGACCGGGGCACCGCCACGCCCUUCACCCCGCUGCUCUACCCGACGGAGAUGGACGUUCUCCAGCGAUUCCACACCAGCAACGUCGUCGUCCCGUUGAUGCAUCAGCUCGGCAAUCCACACCCCAGCUCUCCGGCGGGCUCCCCGGGACUCUACACCACGAGUACCAUUCGCUACGCCCCCGCGGACGUGACCCUGGCCAUGCCGAGCAACAUGCUGCCGCCUUCCCACGCCCACCCCCUCAGUCUCAUGGACAUCAGCAGCGCCGAGGCCAAGACUUCCCGGGAGAUCAUGUACCACCACCUGCAGCGGCUGAACAUGGUGGGCCCGUUUGGGAACUCCGCUAGCUUGGCCCAGAUUUCUGGGGGAGCCUUUGCGGCCACGGACUCUUUGUUUUCCACCCUGCCCUUCUCUGUGGCCAGUGGGGGGAUCCACAGUGGGUCAGCUCUGGAACGCAAGGAGGAUUAG